AAUACGUGUUUUGCUCGUCAUCAUUAUAAACUUCGGAAUAAAAAAGUUAUGACAAUUUUUCGAGUACCAAAAAGAAAUAUUAGAUCAUAAAACAAAAAAUUAAAUAAAAUAACCAAAAACAAAUGUUUUUGCAUAAAAAGUACAACUUCUUGUAAGAAAUUCAGAAAAAAUAUAACUUACCGGAAAGUGACACAAGUAUUUAUAAGAAUAUACAAUACAUACCUACAAUGAAAGGAUUUGUAAUUGGAUAAAAAUAAACAAUUAAUCUAUUAUCAAUAAAACUUUGUUUUGAUUAGAAGGUGAGUGAUGUUACAUUUCUGUCAUCACCACCCUUCAUAAUUAAUUCAAAUCCUCAUUUAGACUUUAAUCAACUUAACAGAGCGCUCUUACUACACACUGCCAAUUCAAGCUGCCAAACAUCAUUGUUACCAUCAACUAAAAAAGCUGUGCAAUCGGUGAUUGAACACAAGUUGUAUCAACCUCAACACCAUCACGAUUUAUUUUAUAAAGAGAGCAAUAACAACACAUCCUCAAAUCGAGGAACACCACGAAAUCCUCAAUUUGUAAUUUUUAAUCAGCAACCAAGGCCAACUUCUCUGAUAACCACAAAUAAUUGGAUUGCUGCCUCUGGUACAAAACAGGAUAAACCUCAAGAAGAAACAAAGGUUAAUGAAAAACGACAUACAAUUGGAUGUUUUGGUAACUCAAGUCCAAUUAACACAUUGAUCAAUAUAAUAUGCAAAGAGAACGGAAUGAACGACGUGUCCACUAUUUCUUCGAAAGUUAGAGACAACAUGAACAACACCAAUACUUUGAAACUACAAAAUAAAGGACAUGAAACUAAUCGAAAAGAGAACGGAUCCUCCAGUGCAUCUGCUAAAAUGGCACCAACUAGAGUCAAAACAUCACAAUCGAUUCCCGAUAAAAAGGACAUACAAAACAUGUCCCAAGACUCAUCAAGUAUCAGGAUGACACGCUCAAAAGCAGCUUUAUUGCGACAACAACAUGUCACAGCAACGUCUCCACCUUCUAGCUCAACACUUUUACCAGACUCACGUCGAAGUAAAAGUGCCACAUCUCCCAUUAGCACCAAUGCAAUUCGGACAACAAAAGCUUCUAGGUUGAGAGCAGCAGCACUUGCAAAAUCACCUACAACUGAAACUCUGUCGAUUCACCGAUCGCCUGUGAGCGAACCAAUUACACAACAACAUGUAUCUAAAAAUGUCGGCACCUCGCCAACAAGUGAUUCUAAUACAACGAAUGUCAAUGCUGAGACUCAGCCACGUAGAAAAUUAUCAGUUCCAACUAUAUCAUCAAUGCAAAUAAACCAAACACUCAGUGAUUGCGAAGUGACUGUCGGAAAACGAAGUUCAUCUGUAACUGGUGUGACAAAUAGAACGAAACAAAAUUGUACAACAACUCGAAAACCUUCACAAAAUCCAAGUCGGUCAAUUAGUAAGUCCCCAAAUAAACAGGCUGGAACCAAAACUCAAAUUUCUGGUAGUGCCGAACAGAAACAGUCAUCAAAUAUUGAAAAAGACAAAUCAUCAAAACGCAAAUCAAAUUUGAAUAAAAAUUCCGAAAAUUUAGUAGAUGAUACGCUUACUGCUCAAAGUCGUCGGUUUCAGAUAGCAUUGGACACAAAGAAGUCCAAAACACCGCCAACUUCACCUCGACACAACAAACUCGGGAAUUCUCCGUCGACAGGUUCGUCUUUAACUCCUAGUCCAGUGAUUCAGCCUGCAGGUAAAUUGAAAAUCCCGCGUCAGAAAAAGGGUGACAUGGAUCGCCUUAGUUCUCGAAAGCUGCCAAACUCAACACACAAGUCACGAAAGGACGAUAUUAGUGGUACAAGUAUCAAAUCAUCGUAUCAUGCGGAAACAAAAUUAAGUGUUGACGAUACUAAAUUUAAUAAAAUGUUAAAAUCACCGACAUUAGAGGCUCAUCCAAGACUGGAAAAACGAACUCGCUUAAUGGGUACAAGAAGCCUUGAUCGAGGUCCUAUUGAAAUCAUUCCUAAAGCUGCACCAAGACAACACAUAAUUGAUGUUCCUGUAGUGGAAAAAAGUACUGAAUGUGAGAAGAAAAAGCCAAAAAUAUUAGUAGAAAAACAGAUUAAUACAAAUCCACAAGUUGUCGAAAUACUGAAAUAUUCUAAUGAUUCGCUUCAACUGAACAAAGGAUCCAUUAUUUGUAUUGAGAACGAUGAUGAUGAAUUGUCGUCAUCACGCAUGAUGCAGGACAUACAAAGCACCAGACAACAACGAAUAUUUAGUCAAGAAGCUCAAAUAAGCGGUCGUAGAAAAAGUGAUUCUGAACAUCAAACAUUAAGCAUUUCUAAUCAUAUUGUAUCGAUACUUAAGAGAAAGGAUUUAGAGUCAAGCUCGAAUGCAUCAAAUAAUGCUUCGCCUGUCACUUUUAGUCCGUCAGUUGUAGAUACACCUGUGAGAAACACUAAAAAACAAGGAAUAUUAAAGAAACGAAGCUCACUGGAUGAAAGUCGCUAUAGCAGAAGUCAUUCUCCUGAUGAUCGUAGUAUUUUAGUCAAACAUAAUCGAAGAAAUAGUCUCGAAGAGACGCAUGGCAUACUUAAACAACCCAGUUUUGAGUCAAAAGAUGAAUCGUGUCACAGUUCUCAUGGAAUCCUGAAGAAAAAAGAAAGCAUUACACCGUCAGGUGAGCCAAAACAUGUAUCAAUUUCUCAAGCUGUCAUUUUAGCUGCAGCCGAGAUCUGCAAAGAUAUCGUCAAUACAGGAUUAGAUGACGGUUCUUACGAAAUACGGCCAAUUUUAAAACAAGACUCGCAGAUACAUACACCAUCCAAUGGUACACCGCAUCCAAAGCCUAUACUCAAAAAGAAAUCCUUCUCUGAAGGGGAAGAGUUGUCUCGAUGUAGUAAUGAUGAUACUUGUAUCCGUCCAAUUCUGAAAACCUCACGUAAGUCCAGUAGAGAUGAAGGUAAUUCAGAUACAGACAACGAGAGCGUUAGUGGCAAACGAUCCAUUUUGAAGACAGAUUCACCAGCAAAACGUCGCAGCUUCGGUGAUCCCUUCGACUCAAAUAUUAUAAUGCAUCGUAGCAAAUCAUUAGAAAAUUCAGACUCGAAGCCAGAAGUGCAAGCUAGUUCUGACAGAGUUGCACUUCCGCUCAUUUCAGUACAAGAGCGCAUCAAAAGCAUGGAACAAUUUUUGACAAAACCAUCAAAAUCUAACUCAGUAAUAUCCAGCAGAUCCGCUCAAGUUCAUCGAAGGGAAUUCAAAGAGCGCUUCAAGACGCAUCCCAUUACCGUGGAUGAGUUAGGAAGUUCUACCUCAAAACGUGAACAAAUUUUUAAGCCAUCAUCUUUGGACACCCUCAAUAAGGGCGUUUUUCACCACGAUACUGGUAUCUCAUCAUCACAUUCCAGUGAUUUCAACACUUUGGUGGCAUCCGUUAGCAGUGACAGUGGUAUUCAGUUUGGAAAAAUGUCUGAAAUGUCCAAUUCAGGUGGGGAUGUCUCCAAAUCGACAAGUGAAUCGGAAAAAAGUACUAAGCACGAAAACGCUGUUGAACAAGUUCCGAAAGUAGAAGUGUUUAAAGAUGUGGAUGAUAACGUUACGGAUAAAAUUGAAAUAAUAGAAGGUGAAAAAGAUGAUGAUGUAACUAAAAAAGAGAACAAAAACUCGAAAAGCUCUUCUAGUCUCAAACGCACGAAUAGUGUCAAAGCACGUGCCAAUUUAUUUCAAGAGUUGGAAAAAAAACAAGCGGAAAUUGAGAAACCGGCGCCGCAAAAAACUGAAAGAGUUCCAUCACUUCGCAUUCGAGCUGAAUUGGAAAUGGAGCAUACCAAUAAUCAAAAUAAAAAUUUAAAUAUUUCUGUUUCGGACGAUUCUGGCACAGAGUUUGAACCAUCAAAUAAGAAAUUUGAGGAAAAGUUCAAAUUUUUCGCUGCAUUGACAUCUUCAUCUGCUUCGUCAUCGCCAACAUUAAUUACUGACUAUGGGAGUACGACCACUACUCAUAAAAAUUCUUCAAAAACAACGUUAUCGCCUCCAUCAACCAAUUCUACGGGAAUUACCGUGAGCGACAUCAAAAAAGGAAUUCUGAAAUCAAAAUCCGGCGCGAUCGGUUUAUUUCCCACGGACCUUAGUUCCGAACUAAAAUCACGACUCAAGAAAUCCACACAUGCGUCUGUCAGUAACUUGAAAAAAUCAGCCACAACAGUUGCAGCAAACAUUGAAGCAAAAAAAGAGUCAGAGGUUGGCGGAGAUAAAUCUACUGAGAGUGCCAUUCGUGUUACGUCUGAAAGUUCAUCAGAGUCUGAUGAUGAGGAACCUGGAAAGAAUCUAGCAAAAAUCCUAAGAAGUGUUUCAAAAGCAUCAGCUGUUCAAGACGACUCAAAAAUACUUAAGAAUUUGAUGACGGUCGGAAAAUCAGCACAAAAUGCACGUUCCACACAAGGUGAAGAAAGAGAUAAUUCAUUGAAUAAGGAUUUGAUGUCGGCUAUUGCAGCGAAAGCUUCGAAAAAUCGUAUGGACCAAAAAGAAAGCUCCAAAAGUCAGUCUCAUCUAGCCCAAAAAGAUGAUGUAGAUAAAGGCCUGUCUGAAAAAAACGUAAGGUAUUCGUUAAAAAACUUAAAGUCAGAUAACGAAAAUUUGAAACGAAGUUACACAGAGGCUGACAUAACAAUGAGACCAGAAGGUGAUACUAUUGCGAAGAGUGGAUCAAUUGCCGAACGUCUUGCAGCUUUGCAAAAGAGUGGCGAAGACGAUUGGCGGAAAAGAAUUGCAAAAAAGGAUGUUGGCGACGAAGUUAAACGUGAAAAUUUAGUUAAUGAUGCUCUCAAUUUUGCAAAAUCGUUGGAUGAUAAAAAAAAACGACAAGAAAAGGCGCCUAUACUUGAUAGUACAUUAGCUGGUGGUAAUAUUUCAGAUCGACUUGGAAUGAUUAGGACAGCCAGUGAAGGAUGGAAAACUCGAGUUGAACAACAAGACGCCUCCCAUUUCACCAUUGCUGCUAAAUUGACCAAAAAAUCGGAUCCUCAACUGCCUUUCGUUAAGUCACCGGGAAAACAAUCAUUGACUCCAAUGAAGCCAUUCAAGAGUUCGAACGUUGGACUUACCAAGUCUUCAUCUAUGAUGGUACAAACACAGAUCGCUUCAAACACCGUUAAUGCUGUCGGUGAAGAUAAGGGUAGCUUGCUGAAACGCAGUCAUAGUGUACCUGGUGAUGGAGAGGAUAGUGAAAAUAUAAGAAUUCUUGCUUCAGAUAGUGUUAAGAAAGACAAACAUGAGUUCAUUGGAUCGAAAGUGAUGAUUCCAAAAUUGGACGAUGAUGUCACUUUUUCAAAUUUUUUUACCAAAACUGUGAUAAAUGAGAAAGUUGAAGUUGACGAUUUGAAUGUGAUCGAAAGAACCACUGAGCGGCUUCUAGCUGGACACAAAAAGGUAGUCCAAGGACCGAAGAGACGACAGACAGCUAGAAAUCCACUAAAAGCCUUAGCUGCAAGAACGGACUUACAAAGCGAAUACACGGAAAUCAAAUCUGGAAUAGCAGAGAAGGAAUUGAAAAGAAUAAAGUUGGAGCAAUUGUCGAAGGCAAAAAAUUUAGCAGUUGAAGCAUUGGCUGGUUUGGCUUCGGUAGAAGAUUUUAAGUCAGUUAGUCUGAAAUCUAGCAGCUUACCACUGAAUCAGCAAUGGAUUCCAUUUAAACCUCUGAUGCUUUUGCAUAUAAAGGGACGUCGUCAUGUGCAAACUCGUCUUGUUGAGCCACAUUACAAAUCCAUAAAUCGUGGUGAUUGUUUCGUGCUUGUUACACCGGAAAAGGUUUACAAUUAUACAGGCACAUUUGCAAAUGUCAUCGAAAAAUCUCGUAGCAAAGAUAUUUGUGCUCAAAUUAUCCGAGAUAAAGAUUUGGGAUGUACAGCUGCUUCGGUAACGUUAGUUCAAGAGACCUUAGGGAAGUUUAGUGAUAGAAAUUCACAAGAAUUUUGGAAAAUUCUCGGAAAAGCCGAUGGAGUGUGCUCCGUAGAUGAGCUUUUUGCUUGUGGGCACGCUGACGAAGAUGAGCUCUUUGAAGCUUGUCUACUUGAGACUAACCAGGUUUAUGAGCUGAUUGACGAGGCUCUUGUUCCUCUUGAAGAAUUUUGGGGUCAAAUUCCAAAAAUAUCGAUGCUCAAUGCAGAUAAAGUGCUUGUAUUUAAUUUCGGUAGCGAAGUUUAUGUGUGGAAUGGAAAAAAUGUUAGCAAUCAGGAUAAACGGUUGGCAAUUAAUCUUGCCCAGGAACUUGUUCAAUCAGGAUAUGACUACUCAAUGUGUGAUUUGUGUCCAUUAAACUUUUCACUCAUUGCUGGAGAUCGCUCAUCUUCACAAAAAAUUACGAAAAGUGGAAAAGAAAAACCGGAAUGGUGCUUAUUGGCUAAAGUCACACAAAACAUGGAGACUGUGUUAUUUCGGGAAAAAUUCCAAGAUUGGCCAGAUAUUACUGUACAAUUCAGAGAUGACGUUAGCUUUGGAGAAGACGGUUCUGAUAUUACCCCUCCCGAUGGUGAGCGCCUUUUCAAGGGAGAACCAUAUGAAGAACCGAACCUUAUUUUAGAAAACUCCAAUUUGGGCCGAGGUCAUUUUUAUUAUGACGAUGACACAAUGCGUCAUUAUGAAAUUAUAACGGAAUCAGUGCAAAAAUGGCAUCUGACCGAGCAAGAAUAUAAACUUGUAGCAUCUGAAGAAGAAUUUGGUCACUUUUACUCCGCCGAAAGCUACACCAUUCGUUGGAUUUAUCGCAUUUCCAUCACUGUUCGUGAGCUUUCUGGGAAAAUAUCUGAGAGGGCCACUGUUGGUCGUGAUAGAUGUGCAUACUUUUGUUGGCAUGGCUCUGAUGCAUCAACGAAUGAAAAGGGAGCUGCUGCUUUAAUGACUGUCGAACUAGAUAAGGAAAAAGGAUCGCAACUACGAAUAUCACAAGGCGAUGAGUCAACCGCAUUUAUUAGACUUUUUAAAAUUAUGUUCAUCCAUAAAGGAAAGUCUGAUGAGGAUAAUUUUCAAAAGUGGCGCUUAUAUAUCAUAUCAGGCAAUUGUUUAGAAGAAACAGUUGUUACUGAGGUACCAUGCAAUAUGAGACAAUUGCGUUCUCGCACAAGUAUGCUUUUAAUAAAUGGCACUUUAAAGGAGAUAAUUGUAUGGCAUGGUGCUAAGAGUCUAAAACACACCCAAGAUGUUGCAAACAAUGCCGCAAAAAUUAUUUCCGAGAAAAAAUUCAAGCAAUUAUUCCCUUCAAACACGAUUCAGGUUAAUGUUGAAGAACAGUUUGAGGGCAAAGAAACUUUGCAGUUUAUGGAUGCGAUUCAAGGCACAAACCGCCACUUAUACAAUUCAUUGAUGAGCUCAACACAUCCAUAUGAUUUUACACCGCGACUGUUCCAUUUUUCUUCAACUUCUGGCAGUUUUGGUGUCACCGAAAUCAGUUACCAACUUCGCAUGAAAGACAAAGCAUCUCCUUACCCAUUUUCGCAAUCCACCCUCUACAAUGCGCGUCAACCUACGAUAUUCAUGCUUGAUAAUGAUCAUGUUAUUUGGUUGUGGUUCGGAUGGUGGCCUGUGGAAGACAUAACAACUGGAUCUGAUUCUUGCGAUAGUGUUCCGACCAGUAGUCCUAACAAUGAAAAUCGGUCUGGAGUAAAUCGAUGGCAAGCAGAGCGAAAAGCUGCUAUGGAAACCGCUGUAGCAUAUUGGAAUGCGAAAAAAAAUUUGUCUGGCAAAACAUCAUGUUGUAACAGUGAGUUAUCUAGUGCUAGCACAUUGUCGGAUGGCGACGACGACGAAGUUGACAAAUCAUCGAGUGAUAAAGAAACCAAUGCUUCUGUCGCGCAAAACGAUAAGUCAGAGAUAAAUGGAUUUAUUGUGUGGGCAGGACUUGAGCCUACAGAGUUUAAAGCUAUUUUCCCAGAUUGGAUUGAUCGAGAUGACAUUGCUGAAAUUAAUGUUCAAGAUGGACGCCAUGCUAUCGCAACACCAAUUACAGCAGCACUCUCGCAUUUCAAAUGUACUUCAUAUCCUCUUGCAACACUGCUGGAACGGCCUCUGCCUGAGGGAGUUAAUCCAACCAAACUAGAAUUGUAUUUAAACGACGAAGAAUUUGAAUCUGCUCUAGGAAUGUCAAAAACAGAAUUCUCUCAACUUUCGUCAUGGAAACGAUCGAAAUUGAAGAAAGAAAAGGGUUUAUUUUAAAUUAUUUAUACAAAGUUGUCGCUCCAAAACGUAGGAGGUCUGAUAACGAAAUGUUUUAUAAAUUACAUAUAUAAUAUCUGUGUAUUUAUUUUUUUUUUAACUCAUAUAAAAUUUAAGUUAAAUAAUAAUAAUAAUAAAAAAAAAUAAUCGAUUUAUUAUGAAAAAAACCAAUAAACAUUAAUUAAAGUUUCGUAUAUCGAAAAAAAACGUGAUCCCAAGACUUUAUACUAGUCAAACAUUCUAGAAAAAUGUCUAAUUAAAUAAAAAAAAAAUCAAAUAUUCAUCAAGCUUCAGGCAUCAUUUAGUAGAUAAAUAUCUUUUAAGUUCUAAUUUGUUCUGGUGUUAAAAUGGUGUUAAAAAGGACAUUAUGCAUUUAACAAAUGUCACCUAAAUGUACGUGAGGAAUUUGAACAAAAAACUUUUUGAACUUUAACUUGUAGUAGUAAAUAAAAACACAACUCAUAUCAUCUUGACGUUGAAUGUUUUUUUAAAUUCACUAUGACAUAAAUAAAAAAAAACUGAAUAUUUGUAACUCAUUCUCACCGAUUUUUGCCGUUCUCAAUUCACAUUCAUUAUAUACCUUUUGAUAUUAAGGUGCCUUUGUCCAAUUUUACAAGAAAAAUGAGUAAAACCCAGAUUGAAAACCGACACACAUCGCCUUUUCCACGAUAAAAAUAAAACUGCAUUGGCUAACACAACCUUAUUAAAUUUAAAUGUUUACGUAAAUUAAUAUGUAAUCUUAACAUUUAGCAUCUAAAGUGAAUUAACAAAAACCGCUUGAAACGCGACGAAUAAAAUACAUCCGAAAAUGUGCCAAACUAAGUAAAAUGAUUGUCAAAAUGUGCUUCAUGAAAAAAAACUGACGACUCAGAAAUAUUAUUAAAUGAUAGUACUUAAAUAUUUUUUUUUAUCAAAUAAAUAAAUUAAGACUAAAUUUUAUGUUCAUGAUAUAGGUGUUUCCUUUGUUAAAAUGAUACAUAUGAAAACCGAUGGUCAGAUUAGAAAAUUUUUGAGAAAAUAAAGCGUCAAAUACAAAAUAUUAUUAUAAUAAUAUUCUUAAAUAAAUUUAGAAUAAGAAUCAAUACAUUAUUAUAAUUAAUAAAAU